CCAUUAUUUGAGCUGUCUCUGGAAAAUGGAAACAACCAUUGCUGCUACUCCUAGUACUGUUUAAAUUUUAGACUCUUUUUUUUUUUGGGGGUCUUUAUUAAUUUAAUUUUCCAUUUCCGCUUUUGGGGAAGAUUUCAAACUGUGGCACCACCCCGCUCUCUUCAGUCUCCCACACACUCCACAGCUGAGGCUGAGACGCUCUCUUCUUCACAAUAUAAUCCUCCACUACCAGCCUUCCCUUCCCUGUUCCUCUGCUCUUUUCAUUUCCCAUUUCCAAUUUCUCAGCAUUGCCGGCGAAGGGAGGAGCUCGCAGGGAGGCGCAGUACAAUGAGCAGUGUGUCAAUUUGAAGUUUCGUGCUUCAACACUUCCUCUCAAGGCAAAGCAACAUGAACAAGGAAAAUAGAAAUGAUGCCAAAGUUGAAGAGCCCGCUGUCCGGAUUACCAGAGCACGCGCCAGAGCUUCUGGGGCUUCGGCAGGUGUGUUACCGGCCUCGAAACCUUCCUUCAAACAUGAGCAGAAGCGUGUCACCAAAGUAAGUUCAAAGAGACCAGCUUCAGAAGAGAACAAAAUGGGGGGUGGUGUUCAGUGUAAGAAGAGGACCGUGCUGCAAGAAGUGACCAACAUCUUAACUGAGCAUUCAGACGCUAACAGCACCAAUGCAACUAGAGCUCAGGCCAGCAAGCAAACUAGAAGAUGUCAGUCAAAGAAAAAUUCCAAGGUGGCUACUGACUUUCCUGUGGGAGCUCCAGAGGUUGAACAAGAGAAUAGGAAAACAAAACUGGUGGAGGAACCUUCAAAGUCCAGGAAGGCAGAAGCUCAAGGGAUUAAUCAGACAGAAAUGUUAGAUGUAAAGCAGCCAUGCAGGGUUCCUGUUCAAGUAAAGAACAAUGCAGAAAAUGCUGUCCUCCCAACAUGUCCUUCCACCAGACCUGCUGAGCGUGAAAAUAAAGGUCAAAGGAGUGAGUAUGAGCUUUCAGAAAGAAGAUGCCUGCAAUAGUCUAGGCAUAGCGGACAUUGAUUCUGACUCAAAAGAUCCUCAAGACUGCAGUCAAUAUGCUCCUGAAAUCUAUAAACAUAUGCUUGUUACAGAGCUUGACCAUAGGGCGCCAGCUAAUUAUAUGGAGACCUUGCAGAGUGAUGUCACUGCAAACAUGAGAGGAAUACUAAUUGACUGGCUUAUAGAGGUUGCUGAAGAAUAUAAGCUUGUUCCAGAUACCCUUUACCUUACUGUUAACCUCAUUGACCGAUCUCUCUCCCAAAUUUAUAUCGAGAAACAAAGACUCCAACUACUUGGUGUGACAUGCAUGCUAAUCGCAUCAAAAUAUGAAGAAAUCUUGGCUCCACAGGUAGAAGAGUUCUGCUUCAUCACUGAUAAUACUUACAAAAGAGAAGAGGUAUGUAAAGAAUGCAGAUAUUCUGUCUUAUUAUGUUUCACAUUUGAACUGCAUUGGACCCUGCGACACCGGAUAAUACUGAAGCUGCUAAUGUGUCUGCAGGUAUUGAAAAUGGAUCCUUGUCUCGAACUGGAGUACUUGGCAAAUUACCUAGCAGAGUUGACUCUUGUUGAAUAUGACUUUAUAAAGUUCCUUCCUUCUUUAAUUGCUGCAUCUGCUGUGUUUCUGGCCAGAUGGACACUCAAUCAGUCAGUUCACCCCUGGAAUCCAACUCUAGAGCAUUACACUAAUUACAGGGCACCAGAGCUUAGAAGUACAGUACUGGCACUGGAAGAUCUGCAGCUCAACAUUAGUCGUUGUCCCCUCAAUGCCAUACGCGAAAAGUAUAGACUGCAGAAGUUCAAGAGCGUGGCCGAUUUGUCAUCUCCAGAACGAGUUCAAUCGCUGUUCGAAUGAUGAUAGGUGACCAUCUAGGUCUCUACAUCCUUAAACUUCACUGAAGAUGAUCCUGAUUUCCAACUGCAGUAACUUGUCAUCCAACUAGAGUUGGAUUUGUUCUUUCCUUUUAACUUAAUUUCACUCAAGUUACUAGUCAUAAGGUAAUGUCUAAUCUAAGUUAGUUCUGGUCCUUCCAGACCAAGUAAAGAUGAUCUCAUGAAGCAUACCACAAUAGGGGAAAUUAUAUACUUGGUAGGGGGCAUAGAGAGGAAUAAAGUUUCAGACUUUUGAGGUAAGGGAGGUGAGAUAUUGUAGAGAAGAGAGAAUCUGAGAUAAAUUUCUCAGGCCAUUUGUACUUUGUAUCUAAAAACCUUGUGAAUUUGUUCAGCCAAUCUAUGAUGUUUAUUGUACACAGUUUCAAAUGGCCAUUGGUAUUAAGGGAAUGCAUGCAUAAAUAAUCUUGUAAUGGAGUGUCCUG